AUGGCACACUCAUCAUUCGUGGUGAGAAAGUUCCCACGGAACGUUGGAGGCGUUGGAUUUGUCGUACACCCAUCUCUUGUCCUUCUUGUCGAUUCACAUGAGAUCCUAUCACCUCGCCUGGCUAUCCUUCGGUUCCCUGCCAAAAUCAAAAGAAGAAGGGAGGCACAGAAUCGGGAGAUUUGGAUCAAGAAUGAGAAAACCGUCUUGUUGGGCUCUUAUCCGCUGCACGACUUCUUCAUGGCAACUCCAUUUAUGAAGAAAGAACACCGGCGGUGGGCAUGGGAGUCACCCAACGGUACGGCUCAUGCGGAGAACGACCACAUUCUCACCCGAAGAGGUGUCUACUGGACUUCUCAGUGGAAGCAUCCUUCAGUAGUGGCUCAAAUCGCUGCCUCCUUUGAGCAAAAGUGCGAUUCAACCGAAAGCUGGAAAAUAAGAUCUGUCACCGUGAUAGAGGAAGGAGAGAAGUCGCAUAUGACGACAGAAACGACGAAAGACUACGACCUGCUUCUUGGAGGACUGAGAACUGUGGUGAAAGUGCUCAAUGCCUCGCACAAGAAACUUGGAACGAAUUUCAGCCUCCAAGGAUCUGCUAGAGAGGAGAAGAGCACUGAGGCUGGAUCCGACUCUCGAGCGACUGGUAGCCAAUACCAGUAG